GUGCUGGUCUCAAACUUCCCGUCGCGGAGCGGGGGAGGGGUUGUGGCUUACCUGACUCUUUUUGGUCUGACGCUCUCAGUGAUGCAACUAGGAACAACCACGACAAAAGAAAAAGGAGAGAAAAAACUUGGGGAGUUCCGGCCGAUACCCGUAGAGAUCCACUGCGAAGAACUAGCUCCUGGUUUUGUUGAAAAGAUUUAGACCCGUCGGAUACCUCAAGCGACCCUGGUACUCUGCGUUCGAGUCUAUCACAGUCAUGUCUUCGGAAUCGCGGCUCUACACCUUCUCUCAGGAGACCAAGGAUCACCUGCGCAAGUUCCGCCUCGGAACCUCGCGGUCCAACGAACCCCAAGCUGUCAUAUACCAUAUCGAUAAGAACACCCACGAGAUCCGCCAAGACGACGACAAGGUUGUGUACAAGUCGCUCGAGGAGAUCAGCGACGACCUGCCGGAUCACAGCCCGCGCUUCGUGCUGCUGAGCUACCCACUUACAUUGCCCUCUGGCCGUCUGUCGGUGCCAUACGUCCUGAUUUACUACCUCCCUAUCACCUGCAACAACGAGAUCCGCAUGCUGUACGCGGGCGCCAAGGAGCUGAUGCGGAAUACGAGCGAGGUUGGCCGCGUAAUCGACAUCCAGGAAGCCGAGGACUUGCAGGAGAUACCUCAGAAGCUGGGUGCUGCGUGAGGAAAUAGAAACGGAGAGCAUAGGUCGGGCACAUAUAGACAGUCGGGAGGGACCACAGGGAUGGCCGGCUCGAUAAGUAACAGAAUGGUAGUAUGCGGCGCUCGCGUACAUAAUACCCAUGCUCCAACAAUAGGACAAGCCCAUGUUGAAUUGAUGACAUCCCAAAAGAGCACUUCCGACUUGACCAUAAGAGUGAUGGGU